GAAUUGCGAUGCAUUCAGAUGCGUUAGUGGUACGUCAAUUUAAAAAGAUCAUAACCUAUAAAAGUUUGUUUUCAUAUUUAUUUUUUGAUAUUUGUUUGUUGGGACUCGCUAUUCAAUCGAGAUUUAAGCGAUGGGACAGAGCGACUCUGAUGGGGUUGUUGAAACGAAGCAUGUGAAGAAGUCAAAAAAGUCUUCGCGGUCUCCUGAAGGAGAAAGAAAGAAGCGAUAUGGAGGUAGAAAACGACAAAGGUCUUCGUCGAGGGACUCAAAUAGCAGAUCAAGAAGAGAAAGAUAUAGAGACUUGGAUAGACCAGCAGAGGAGGAUGAGGAAGAAUAUCCAAGGUAUUAUGGAGACGAUAAAAGGAGGAACAAUGAUCGGUACUGGAGUAAAUAUCCAAAGAGAGAGGAGGAACCUGUAAUUGGAACCAGAUACUAUGAUGUGGAGGAAAAAGAAAGUAAUGGAAAAGAGGAUCAUGAUAUUGAUCAAAUAGAUGAGAAGCAAUCUGCUCCAGUUGUCGCAAGGCAAAGAAAGAAUGUAGAUUUGCUCACCUCAAAGACUGGAGGUGCUUAUAUUCCCCCUGCCAAGCUCAGAUUGAUGCAAGCACAAAUCACAGAUAAAACGUCUGUGGCAUAUCAGAGAAUUGCUUGGGAAGCUCUGAAAAAAUCCAUUCAUGGACAUAUUAAUAAGGUUAAUACAUCCAACAUUAAGAUCAUAUCGAUGGAGCUGAUGCGCGAGAACAUUGUGAGAGGUAGAGGCCUUUUGUGUAAAUCAAUAAUACAGGCUCAGGCAGCCUCCCCCACGUUCACGAACGUGUACGCCGCUCUGGUAGCCAUCAUCAACUCCAAGUUUCCGAACAUAGGAGAAUUGCUUCUCAAGAGACUGGUAUUGAGUUUCAAGCGUGGUUACACUCAGAACAAUAAAGUGACUUGUAUCUCGUCUACCACUUUCAUUGCUCACCUGAUAAACCAAAGAGUGGCUCAUGAAAUUUUAGCUUUGGAGAUACUCACUUUGCUUGUGGAAAACACCACUGACGAUUCGGUGGAAGUGGCGAUAGGAUUUCUCAAGGAGUGCGGUCAAAAGUUGUCGGAAGUUUCUCGGAGAUCUAUCAACGCCAUCUUCGAGAUGCUGAGGAACAUCCUGCACGAAGGGAAACUAGAGCGUCGCAUCCAGUACAUGAUUGAGGUGAUGUUCCAAGUGAGGAAAGACGGAUUCAAAGAUCACGUCGCUGUUGACGAAGAACUCGACUUGAUAGACGAAAGCGAUCAGUUCACACAUCUCAUAUCUUUUGAUAGCGUUGAACGCAACGAAUCUAACGAUGUUCUAAAUGUGUUUAAGUUCGAAGAUGACUAUGAAGAAAACGAGGACAAAUAUAAAGCACUAAGCAAAUAUAUCCUGGAUCAUUCGUCUAGCGACGAAUCGGGAGAUGAUGAAGAUGAUGACGACGACGAAGAUGAUGAUGACGACGAGGACGGAUCAAAUGAUGAAGAAGGUGAAGGUGCAAAAGGAGUGGCCGAGGGUGGUACCAAGAUUAUAGACAUGACCGAAACCAAUUUGACGGCGCUAAGGCGAACCAUCUACUUGACCAUACAGUCCAGUCUAAACUUCGAGGAGUGCGCACACAAGCUGAUGAAAAUGAAGCUGAAACCAGGACAGGAAAUAGAAUUGUGCCACAUGUUUUUAGAUUGCUGUGCCGAACAGAGGACAUACGAGAAGUUCUACGGUCUUUUGGGACAAAGAUUCUGCCAGAUCAACAAAGUCUAUGUGGAUGCCUUCGAGCAAAUCUUCAAAGAUACGCACGCCACCGUCCACAGACUCGGUACGAACCAGUUGAGAAAUGCCAGCAAAUUCUUUGGUCACCUCUUAUUCACCGAUGCUAUCGGCUGGGAGGUGAUGGACGUCAUGAAGAUGAACCAACAUGACACGACGAGCUCCAGUCGAGUGUUUAUCAAAAUUCUUUUCCAAGAAUUGUCGGAAUGGAUGGGAAUGGAAAAACUAAACGUUAAACUAAAAGAUCCAACUAUGCAAGGAUCUUUCGCUGGAUUGUUUCCAAGGGAUAAUCCAGAAAAUACGAGAUUUGCAAUCAAUUUUUUUACAACAAUCGGUUUGGGCGGUCUGACAGAUGAGCUCAGGGGGCAUCUAACUAACUUGCCAAAAACCACAGUCCAAGACAACAAAGAAUCUUCCAGUAGCAGCAGUUCUAGUAGUAGCAGUAGCAGCAGCUCUAGUAGCAGUGAAAGUGAUUCAAGUGACUCAAGCAGUUCUAGUUCAGGUUCUAGUACAUCGUCGUCAAGUGACGAGGAUAAAAAAAAGUCCAAACAGAAGAAGAAGAAGAAAAUGAAAAGUAAGAGCAGCAGCAAGGGAAAAGGCAAAGAUGCGAAAGAUAGGCAGAAUGAAAAGGUACGCGGUAUCAAGGUACCACCAACCAUCUCUGUUGAUGACGGCAAAAAGAAGGAUUCUGAUAGAAGACGUAAGGAAUCUUCUGUGGAACGACGACAGAGAGAUGGAUCGGCUGAUAGACGGAGGAAGCAGAGAAAAAUUAAAUCAGAUAAUGAUGACUCCCACAGUAAGGACAGAAGGGCCGGCUUUGAACCUCCUACGGAGAGAAGAGGAAUGAAUUCGGGCGAUCGUAGAUGGCGAAAUGAUCGAAGGGAGCAAAGGUCAAGAUCGAAAUCACCCGACGCUAGGGACGGUAGAAAGAGGGACAGGAAAAGGCGGAACAGCAGAAAUUAAAUUCUUAUUAUAAUCGUUAACAAUUAUCACAAUUAUACGGUGUAAAUAUAUA